UUGUGAUACUUCUUUGUCACAAAAGUAAGAAAGGAGAUUUUCUUUUUCUUUAAUAGCAUAAGUUUCUAAUUAUGGGCUUAAGCCCAAGACUGGGAUUAAUCUUUAGGGUUUCGUUUUUCUAUGUACUAAUUAUAAUCUCCAAAUUUCGGUGAAUCUAACUGCUAAUGUCGUCUCCACCAACAUCUCCGGCCACCACAAACGGCGAAGAGCCAUUGGUUAAGAAGCAGAAAAAGAAUCCGUCACAGAUUCCUUUACUUCCUGAUGAUGUGUUAGUGAGCUGCUUAGCCCGCGUUUCGAGAUUGCACUACGGGACGCUCUCCUUAGUUUCUAAGAGCUUUCGAUCACUCAUUGCUUCACCGGAGCUUUACAAGACUAGGUCACUCUUAGGUCGUACAGAGAGUUGUCUCUAUGUCUGCUUACGUUUCCCUCCUGAACGUAACCAACGUUGGUUCACUCUCUCCCUAAAACCUAAUAAUCGAACCGUAGCCAAUAAUAACAAGUCAAGUUGCAACCUUUUGGUUCCAGUCCCAACUUCAAAUUAUCCUCAUGCGCAAGAUUUAGGUCUCGUAGCGGUUGGUUCUAAUAUUUACAACUUUGGCGGAUCCGGUCCAUCUAGCGUAUCAAUCCUAGACUGCCAGACUCACACUUGGCAUGAGGCUCCAAGCAUGCGGGUGAAGCAGUAUUAUCCACAUGCCAAUGUUGUUGAUGGAAAGAUAUAUGUAGCAGGAAGGUGCAUAGACCUUGAAUCAUCAAAUUGGAUGGAAGUUUUUGAUCCAAAAACUCAAACUUGGGAGCCUUUAUUGUUGGCCCCUCUCGAAAGGAGGAGAUGCACAUAUAGUAUAAGCAAGAGCGUAGUGAUUGAAGGAGGAAUCUACAUGAUUGGGGGUGAUAUAGGUGUGGUUUACAAGCCACGAGAAGGUAAAUGGGAAGAGAUAAGAUCGCUAGAGGAGUUAGGAUGUCUAGGGGUUUCUUAUUGCGUGAUAGGUAACGUGCUAUAUUGUUAUGGAAGUCGUAAUGGAAUCAUAUGGUAUGACUUUAAGAUAAGAAAAUGGAUGAAUAUCAAGGGUUUGGAAGAUCUGCCUAAGUUAGUCAAUUGUGAUUGUGUUGUUAGAUCGGUGGAAUAUGGUGGAAAGAUAGCGAUUUUGUGGAACAAGUAUUUACGUUCCGGUUCCGGUUACAACAAUAAGAUGAUUUGGUGUGCGGUAAUUUCACUUGAAAGGCGCAACAGUAAAGAGAUUUGGGGGAAGGUCGAGUGGGUUGAUGAGGUGCUUACAGUCCCUGUGUCUUGUGAAACUGUGUUUGCUCUUUCUGCUACUGUUUGAUGAAUCGAACCGAACGUACGUAGUGAAUCUUGAGUGUUGAAGCUGGAAGAAUUUUAGUUAAGCUUGCUUCGGGCGGAUAAUGUAGAAGAUCAGCCUUUUUUGCUACUUGGCGGAUAUUGUAGAGGACUAUGGCAUUGGCGUUAAUGUAGUACAUGCAUCCCAAAAUAGUCGAAAGAUUUUUGAAAGCCUACUUGAAAGUCUUACAAGGAUCAUCAACAAAGAAUGGAAAACUCUGUUUUAAAGAAACAAUGGUGGUUUUGGUUUUGCAACAAAAGCAUUACCUCUGUAUUAUGCGACUCCUGCCUCAUUAUCAUGUUUGAGUUCUCUUCACAUUCGAAGGAAGAUAUUCUCUAUUAAAGAGAGUUUGAUCAUGUAGCAAACAAAACUGAUUUCUUCACUUAUUUUACAAAGGCUUUGCUUGCUUGCGUCUUAAAAACUUAUAUAAACAAAUGACAAUCUAACCUUAAAUGUUAUUCUGUAUCAGACAGAUUUUAUACUUUUCUUAUUCGAUGUAGUCCCAUUUGUAUUGCCAAUCAGAAUUUUAAUUUUAUUAGCUUUUUUGUUUAUGAUUCACUCAUGCACUCAAUAGGGUUU